CGACGCCGCCGCUCGUCAUCCGAAGCCGAGCCGCGACGAGGGAGGAAGAAGCAUCUGGAGGCGCACGCACCUCACCCUCCCUCCUCCCAUGGCGCCGCCCUUGGCCGCCGCCGCCGCCGCCGCCGCGGCCGUAUCCUCCUCCUCCCCUCUCUUUUCCUCCUCUUCGUCCCGCCCCCUCCCCCGCCGCCAUCUGCCCCCGAGCUCCGUCUCCCUCCGGCCGCGGCGCCGCUCGAUCGCCGCGGCCUCCGCUGCUGUCGAGUCCGCCGGGAGGCCGCUUCUCGAGGCGCGCGAUCUCGUCGCCUGCGUGAAGGAGAACGGGCAGGAGAUCCUCAGCGGCGUCAACCUCACCAUUCGGGAGGGCGAGAUUCAUGCGCUCAUGGGUCAAAAUGGCUCCGGCAAGAGCACUCUCAUGAAGGUUCUGGCUGGGCAUCCAGAGUAUGAGGUAACUGGUGGUACCGUGCUCUUUAAGGGUGAGAAUUUGAUUGAUAUGGAGCCAGAGGAAAGAUCUCUUGCGGGCCUUUUUAUGAGUUUCCAAGCACCUGUUGAGAUUCCUGGAGUGAACAAUUACGAUUUUCUGCUCAUGGCAUUAAAUGCUCGCAGAGAGAAGAAGGGUUUACCAGCAUUAGAGCCUCUCCAGGUUUAUCCAAUUAUAGAGGAAAAGGUUAAUGCCUUGAAUAUGAAUGCAGAGAUCCUUAACCGUGCUGUCAAUGAAGGGUUUAGUGGUGGUGAAAGGAAGCGCAAUGAGAUUCUGCAACUCUCUGUCCUUGGGGCUGAUUUAGCUCUUCUUGACGAGAUUGAUUCGGGAUUAGAUGUUGAUGCACUCGAAUAUGUAGCUAAAGCAGUGAAUGGGAUCUUGACACCAAACAGCUCUCUAAUGAUGAUUACACACUACCAACGUCUCUUGGAUCUUAUUAAGCCCAGCUAUGUUCACAUCAUGGAAAAGGGCAAGAUAGUGAAGACGGGUGACAGAGCUUUAGCCAACUACAUUGAUGAGUCUGGCUACAAAGCGAUUGCUACUGCGUAGCAUGGAGCCAUGGAGAAAGAUCAAAUACUUGAAUGACUUGUUGGGUUAGUUCCCAGCCUCUAGCCUACUUAUCAUGACAGAUUUCAGAUUUGUCACUCGGUUCCAUACAUUUUUAGUAUGCAUGAUGAGAGCAGUGCAUACUAAAUUCAGUAGAUGUUGAGUUAGUGGCUUAGUGCCCCAUUUAGCUAAACGUGUUAACUCUGAAAGUGGAGCAUUGAGUUCUCCAUUGAGUAUAGGUCACUUUCCCUACUUUUUGAAAUUUUGGAUUACAGUAUUAAGACAUGAAGAAAAGUAUCUUGUGUAUACACGAUUGACAAAAUUUUCAUGGUUUUAUCUACAAUUUAGCCAGUUUUGAAUAUUGGCUGUUCCUUCAAUUGUUCAUACAGCUAUAAAGAAUUCAAAGUUUGUGGUCU